CUACUGUUACACACACACACACACACACACACACACACGGCUGUGGAUGGCGAAGAAGCUGCGAACAAACAAACCUCCGAGUCACCACUUGUGUACAAAAAGGAGAAAUGGAGUGAGAGCUGGAUGAGCGAGGGAGGAGGACAGAGAGAGAGAGACAUGCCUCAUGCAGAUUCAUUGAGGACGUCACAGGAGGAGAAGAAGAAGAAGAAGCUUCAUUUCUCUUCUUCAAACAUGAAACUCGGUCUUGGACGUCUCCACCUGAACUGACAGAUGUUGUAUCAGUGGUUUUUCUCACUGAGACGUUUCUUCAGUGUCUCAGCUUCACUUGCUGCUGACAGCUGAUGUCUGAGCCACUCGGGGGUUUGUGACACUUCAGUGUGCAGCGUCAUGCAAAACCCAAAUUAAACCAAAUACCAGUUAAACUGCAGCUCAGCUCCUCUGAAGGAGGAAGAACCCACAGGUGUCUCACGUGUGGUUAGUUUGAUUUCAUUGGAAAGAAAAGUUCAGCCACAUUUCUUCAGUCAAAGACAAAUCAAAGUGACGACAGACGGAACCACAGACAGCAGAGGACGACUCACUUCCUCCUGUCAGUCCCCAGGUGGAUGAGGUGCAGCCAUGUCUGUAGACCUGAGCGUCCUGCAGAGCGGCGGAGGAGCAGAGGGGGAGGCGGCGCUGGCGACUCUGGAGAAACAGCUGAUCUGUCCCAUCUGCCUGGAGCUGUUCAACAAGCCAGUGGUGAUUCUGCCCUGUCAGCACAACCUGUGCAGGAAGUGUGCCAACGAGCUGUACCAGCCCUCGCUGUUCCAGGCUCGAACCACCAUGACGGUGAACAGCGGCCGCUUCCGCUGUCCGUCCUGCAGACACGAGGUCGUGCUGGAUCGCCACGGCGUCUACAGCCUUCAGAGAAACCUGCUGGUGGAGAACAUCAUCGACGUCUACAAACAGGAAGUCAGCAACAGCACCAGCAACGCCACGAGUCCCCCCCCGCCUCCUCCGCCUCCUGCUCAGCUGACGUGUUCGGCCCACGAGGGCGAGAAGGUGAACAUCUACUGCCUCAGCUGUCGGGUUCCCACCUGCUCCCUCUGCAAAGUGUUCGGGGCUCAUCAGUCGUGUGAGGUGGCUCCUCUGACCGACGUCUACCAGCAGCACAAGGACGAGCUGAGGGAAGGAGUCAGUUCUCUGGUGACGGUGAACGACAGAAUCCAGGCUUUGAUCGACGAGCUGGAGGAAACCUGCAGAAACACAGAGCAGAACUGUUCUGCUCAGAAACAGAGCGUCUGUGACAAGUUCGACCGAAUGAAGUCCAUCCUGGGAGAGAGACACAAGGCGAUGACUCAGCAAAUCAGCUCCGAGCAGGAGGAGAAGACGGGCCACGCCCAGGCUUUGGUGCGUUGCUAUGGGGACAGCGUGGAGGCCAAUGCCAAACUGAUGGAGAGAGCAGCGAGCGGCACGGACGAGCCGGACACGGCUGCGUUUGUCCAGAAUUCCAGAGCGCUCAUCACAGAGGUGGUGACAGCGACCAGCUCCUGUCCGACCGAGACCCUGAAGCCAGGUUACGAGAAUCUGAGCCCGUACGAAUUUAACUUCAUCCGACAGGAGCGAGCUCUGAGGAGCAUCGACUUUAUGAAAGGUUCUUUGUUUUCAGCUGUGGAGGAUGUUCCUGAAGAACCAGAUGUGGAACCAGAGGAACCCAGAGAACUUUCUGAACUAAAGCCCCAUCAGGAGCCGUCCGUCCAGAACCUGGAAUCUGGAGCAGAAGCAGUUAAAGAGACGACAUCACCACCAGAGGAACCAGCUCCAGAUCCAGAGCUGCUGAGAGGCCGUGAGGAACCUGCAGGGGCCGACCUGCAGCCGCAGCCUGACGACGCUGAAGAGAACGAUGGAGAAUCAGGUCGGAUCAACAAGAAGGAGGAGGAGGAGGAGGAGGAGGAGGAGAGAGACGAGGGAGGUGCAGCUCCCGACUCCAUUAAAGACACAACCAUCUGUGAAUGGGAGGGAAUGAGCACACAACAGGCUGUCACUCUGCUCUUCUACCUGUUGGCCUUCCUGCUCAUCCUUCAGAACGUGUGGGCGUACAUCGGCUGCUUCAUUUGCACAUGACCUCAGCAGGAGGCACAUCACUGCUCAGAUGGAGGAUGAGACCAGGAGUCCUGCUGAGACCAGCCCUCCCUCCUCCUCUUCAUCCUCCUCCUCCUCCUCCUCCUUCACCCUCAGCGAGGAGCCUCGUCGACCCACUUUUUGCUUUUCGUGGCUAAACCCGCUCCACAAGAGGAAGUAGAGAGACAGAGAGAGAGAGACAGAGAGAGAGAGAGAGAGAGAGAGAACAGACAGAGAGAGAGAGACAGAGAGAAGGGAGGGAGAGAGAGAAGAGAGAGAGAGAGAGAGAGAGAGAGAGACUCUUCACUCUACUUCAGUAGAGAGUAGGGAAUCCUGAAGUAUUUGGAAUAGCAGCAGUAUUCAUUAUUGUAGUAGAACUAGUUGUAUUACAAGUAGUAAAAUAUGUACAAGUAUGAGGUUUUAGUACUUGUACUUGGAAAAGUGUCUUUUGUCCUCAGUGAGACUUUGUCUUAAACUGUUGAUCGCAACAUCUAAGACAUCAAAGGAAUCUUUCCUGGUUAAACACACUGGAAAAGAGAAAGCUACACUCUAGUAAAGCCCUCGAACAACGUGCCAUUAUUCAAAAACUAUAAGUCCUAUCUGUGAAAUAAAGACACCGUGAGAAUCCCAAGACUUUGCCGAACACACAGAUAGCUUUUCUAUUAGCUUUAGAAUUAAGAAAUGGGACCGUGGGAGCGAUUAGACCCAAUGGAGAGGGAGCCCAGAGAACUAAAGUUAAAAAACUGGAUUCAGCCAAAGGUUUAGCUCUGAUAGCUUUCAUGUGACAUCUCUGUGAAGCUAACAAGUUUUCCUACGUCUUGAUCUGAACAUCAUGUAUGACGACCUCCACUUGUGGCUCUGAGAGCAGUUUACACAAACAGUAGCUGAAAACCAGUCCAGCUCGCCUCUCGCUCUAAAUGGGCGAGAGACAUUGACUCCCAUUCAUUUUUUACUGCAAUGCAAUGAGACACACAUAACAACGCUGUGGUCCAAGUUCCUUGGAUGUUACAUUAUUAAAGGAAAUUGAUGACAUCAAAGCAUUUACACUUCAAAGGUAGAAUGAUUUGUAUAAAAGCAGUAGUAAUGGUUGUCACUCGCCAAUAAACCAAACGAAGAAGAAGAACGAGUUACUGCGAUUAGAGAUACUGCUACUAAUACUAAUAUAGACAUAGCUCAGAAUAUGCUGUGUGAAUUAUUCAGAGCUGUAAGUUGAUACAGCAUUUUGUAUUAACAGAGAGGAGAAAUAAAAAUGGUUGAGCCUAAGGACACUGACAGUCUCUGUGCUAUGAAAGAGGAACUCCGGGGAGAAUUCAAGAUCCUCCUGGGAGAAAAAGAGGACCUCUAUCAAGAAAAACUGGACCUCCAGGGAGAAAUCAUAAAACUCAAGGGAGAAAUCAUGAUGGUCCAGACAGACAUCGGGAUCUUUGAGACAAAUCUCAAGAUCCAUCAGGGAAGAAUCAUCAACCUGCUGCGAGAAAUCGAGAUAUCCCAGGAAGAAAACCAGGACCUCCGGGGAGAAAACCAAGACCUCCAGGAAGAAAACCAGGACCUCCAGGAAGAAAACCAGGUCCUCCGGGGAGAAAACCAGGUCCUCCAGGAAGAAAACCAGGACCUCCAGGAAGAAAACCAGGUCCUCCAGGAAGAAAACCAGGUCCUCCAGGAAGAAAACCAGCUCCUCCAGAGAAAAAGCCAGGAUCUCCAGAGCGAAAACCAGGUUCUCCAGAGAAAAAACCAGGAUCUCUAUUUUCACAUAUAACUGUGUGUAUUAAGGGUUUACCGUUUUAUUUGUUUUCUGUGGAGUUUGAAUGUGUUUGAGGACGAGUUGACGGGGUACUGAAGCUAACGCUAAUGUGUGAUGACCCCUGGUGUCCUCUUGGGGUAUGAUCUGGGAGUAACCUGUGUAUCUAUUCUUCAGGUAGCUGACUGAUGUGAUCUGGAGCACCAUCUUUGACAAACACUUAUUCUUUGAUGUUUUUUGUUUGGUCCAUGUCCCAUCUGCUAACAGGGAGGAGGAGGAGUUUAUGACCUUUACUGAAGCCAGACACCAGGGGGUGAUAGAGACACUCUGGUUUCAGGAGCCGUCGUGUUCUCCAUCUUUAUUCACAGUCUGGCGUUAGCCUGUUACUUUAGCUGCAGCUGCAGUGAUUAAAUUAAUGUUGUGAUGAUUAUCGCAGCUUUUCAGUGUUUUACUUCAAUGAAACAAUAUUUUAUCUCUAACAUCAAAUAUCUUGUGCUGUGACAGACUUCCAAAAAAUAACUUCCAACUCUUCAGCGAUAAACUGUGAGGUGACGUCUCAAACCUCUAUCAGAGCAAAUCAAAGUGUUUCCUCUCUGUGAGUAAAAUAAGCACUUUUCUUCAUGUGUGGUGUUUUUUAAAGUUUUUAAGUGAUGCAGGACAUAGAUUCCGGUUUUAUUUGAUAUAUGAAGAGAUGAAAUAAAUCAGAUUUUGGUCACCUGAAGUCACAUGUAAUUACUGUUUUAAUUUACAUGAUAGAUUUGGUUUGUAAUGUCACAGCUUAUUUUAUUAAAAAUUAUUGUCACAGUUCAUUUACUUUU